AUGUUAUACAACACUACGAUCCGAACUUAUAAACGCCAUAUGAGUCAAAAGGAAGUGACAUCUUCACCAAAGCCACCGCGCUCACCACGCAGUCACUCACCCAAGAGAAAAAAGUGGGAUGUAGUCAAUACUGAAUUUUUGAGAACGUUAAAGGAACAAGGCCAAAACAUUUCCGUAGCGAUAACGGACCCGACGCAAGCACUUAUUGUAGUCCCCCAACAAUUUGCUCUUGCGACGAUUGGACAAAACGACUUGGACGCGUUUUUGAAGGAGUUGAAGAAGGGGACUUUUGAGUAUACGAAGUCGAUCUGCAUCAAUCACUUAAACCCAUACUUAAGAGGGCAAUUGCUGAAAAGUGUGACGCACGAAUUCUUAAUGAAGGAGUUUAACGUCCACGUCUUUGUUAAAGGGAACUAUCAGGAAGACUUCCACGGCACCGAGUUUGACCCCGACGACAAUUCGACGUAUGUCAAUAAGUGCGGGCAAACCCCUCUCUAUCUCUUUGUCAAAGGCGACACUCCCAGAGAACUCGAAGAAGGCGAGAAAAACAUUCGCGCACUCUUUAAUGGAAGAAUGCGACUCGAAGUCUAUCCCCCACGCUUCGUGUCCAAAGACGAAGAAGCUCUCUUCGCUCAAAUGAUCGAAGGAAAAGACAGGACUAAUGUCGCCUACAUCGAAAAGAAAAAUACCGUCACAAUCAUCUUAAAAGGCGCGGGAAGCCCUGACGUCGAUAAUGACGAGGACGGCCCUUUGGCUAUUGAAAUCGUAGGAACAACACCAAUCGGAAUUUUAAAAUCAAGAGGAAUGUGCAGAAGUUUGAUUGAAUGCGAGAAGAGGAGGUGGAAUAAGAUGUGCAUGAAAGAACAAAUGAAGACCCAAAAGGUUGAGUGA